CGAGGGCGUCAGGAAAAGGGUUCGGGGGCUCCUGACCUUGAAACAUGAUUUCCAGGUGGUUUACUUCGUCCAUCAGUAUGUCAACUUUGGAAGUUCCCGAAGAGAGGCUGAGAAAAUUUAAAUACCGGGGCAAAGACGCGUCUGUGCAGCGACGGCAGCAGAGAGCAGUCAGCCUGCAGCUCCGGGAGGCCAAGAAAGAUGAGCAGGUCUUUGAGAGGAGAAACAUCACUAGUCUCUCCACUGACCCAGCUUCUCGAGAAGAGACCAUCCGGGUCAGCCUCACCUUGCCGGAGAUGAUCAGUGGCAUGAAUGCCUCAGAUCCAGAAUCCUGUUUCCAGGCCGCCCAGGCUGCCAGGAGAAUACUGUCCGAGCAAAGGAACCCUCCUGUGAAGCUGAUGGUCAAAGUGGGGCUCAUUCCUAGGCUGGUGGCAUUCCUGAGGUCCUCACGUGCCCCCUGUUUGCAGUUUGAGGCGGCCUGGGCUCUGACCAGCAUCUCGGCAGAGUCUUCAGAGCAGACUCACGCCGUCGUGGAAGGGGGCGCCGUCCAGGCCUUGGUUGAGCUCCUGUCUUCCCCCCAUAUGAAUGUGUGUAAACACGCUGUGUUGGCCCUUGGUAACAUAGCAGGUGAUGGCCCAGAAUUCAGAGACGUUGUCAUCUCGAGCAAUGCCAUCCCACGCCUGCUGGCCCUGAUCUCAUCAACCACGCCAGUCACAUUUUUGCAGCACAUCACGAGGACCCUGUCCUACCUGUGCCAAAAGGAAGGCCUACAACCCUGCCAAACGGCAGUGAAGCCAACAUUGUCCAUCCUCUCCUGCCUCCUGUGGCACCGAGACAGCGAGGUGCUCUGCUACACCUGCAGGGCCCUCUCCUACCUCACCGAGGUCUGUGACGGGCACAUCGGCCAAGUGGUUGACAUACUGGUGCUGCCCAGGCUGGUGGAGCUCAUGGCUAGCUCCGAGUUUGACAUCUUGCUCCCCUCUCUCUACACUGUGGGCAACAUCGUCAAGGGAACGGAUGGCCAGACCCAGACAGCCAUUGAUGUGGGCAUGCUGGGAGCACUGCCCCAGCUCCUGCUGCACCCCAAGUCCUCAGUCCAGAAGGUAGCAGCCUGGGCCCUGGGCAAUGUAGCCACCGGGCCACCCAAACACCUCCAGCAGCUCAUUGCUUGCAACAUCUUGCCUCCCCUGGUGACUCUCCUGAGAAAUGGACACUUUCAAGUCCAGAAGGAUGCUGUCUGUGCGGUGGCUAACUUCAUCAGUGGGGGCACCCUGGACCAAAUGAUCCAGCUCAUCCACUCUGGAGUCCUCGAGCUGCUGGUGAACCUGCUCAUUAUCCCAGACAUGAACGUUGUCAUCAAUGUCCUUGACAUCAUCUUUUUACUCCUCCAGGCAACGAUGGAAUCCCUCCCCGAGCUCCCCGAGAUGGAAUCCCUGUGUGUCCCGAUUGAGGAACGUGGCGGGCUUGACAGAAUCAAGGCUCUUCAGUAUCAUGAGAACCGUCAGAUUGCCCUGACCGCUCAGAGCAUUAUUGAGAACCACUUUUCUGAGAGGGUUCAGAUCCAGGGACUCAGCUAA